GCGGCAGAUACGGAAGUCGGCGCAGGCUUCUCGCUCGUAUGCAGCAAACCGAAACGGUCGGCUUUAAAAAGUAUCACAUCGCACACAGGGUGAAGUAAGUAGAGAGAAAAAGAAAAAGCUAAUCUUUACUGGAAAAAUCUCAAUGGAUGUGAAACAGGAGAGCAGUUAUGUGGACAGAAAUAUCAUGGAUAUUAAGGAGGAGGACUGUGAGUUGGAGUCCAUCUACCUUAAACAGGAAAGUCUGAGCAUCAAGGAGGAGAUCGGUGAACUGCAGGCAGUGGGCAUUAAAGAAGAUGAAGAAGAGAAGUCUGUCAGUAUUAAGACACACAACCAUACAUAUCUGAACAGUGUAGAAGAAGACAACUUUCAUGAUGGGUGUCAAGAUGGAUUGGUGACCAGGUUAGACUCUUCUCAAAGCAGACACUGUUCAUCUCCAGAGCCUUCUGUUAAUGUGAAGACUGAAUCAUUGCAGUCUAAACCAAAGAGGACUAAGAAAACUACAUCUGUUAGAGCUCAGGAAAAUUUGCCACCAUCUACGAAGAUGUCUGGAAAAAGAAACAAAGAUCAGUGCAGUUUGGAAUCUGGAAAAGAAUUCUCUGGCAAGAGUGCUCUUGAGAUCCACACUAGAGUUCACACGGGAGAGAAGUCAUAUUGCUGUACUGAAUGUGGUAAACAGUUUUCACGUAUAAGCAGUCUGAAUGACCACACUCGAGUUCACACCGGAGAGAAGCCAUAUUGCUGUAAUGAAUGUGGUAAAAAGUUUUCUCAUAUAAACAGUCUUCAGAGACACACUAGAGUUCACACUGGUGAGAAGCCAUAUUGCUGUAAUGAAUGUGGUAAACAGUUUUCACAAAUGUUCAGUCUGAAUAACCACACUAGAGUUCACACUGGAAAGAAGCCAUAUUGCUGUAAUGAAUGUGGUAAACAGUUUUCACGUAAAAGCAAUCUUCACAAACACAGUAGAGUUCACACUGGAGAGAAGCCUUAUUGCUGUACUGAAUGUGGUAAACAGUUUUCACAAAUGGGCCAUCUUCAGAUACACACUAAAGUUCACACGGGAGAGAAGCCAUAUUGCUGUAAUGAAUGUGGUAAACAGUUUUCACAAAUGGGCCAUCUUCAGAAACACACUAGAGUUCACACGGGUGAGAAGCCGUAUUGCUGUACUGAAUGUGGUAAACGGUUUUCAUGUAUAAACAGUCUGAAGAAUCACACUAGAGUUCACAUGGGAGAGAAGCCAUAUUGCUGUUCUGAAUGUGGUAAACCAUAUUAUCUUCAAAGCUAG